GCGGAUGCUGUAGCUGUUCAGUCUUGGAGAUUGCAGACCCGUGACGGCAGGCUGUUGGCUCCAUCCGAACACAUACUUAUACCUUCAAGUCCGUGUCCGCGACGGCCCAUCGACCCUCACGCAAGUUUUUCCUAGCAUCCAGCCCGGGGGGAUAGACGCAGAUAGAGAUCGCACUUUCGUUCGAUGGCGUCACCUACGCCAGAAGCUGGGUCGUCGACAUUGACUCCCAGCUCUCCCACCCCAGCCUCGGCCUCAACAUCGUCCUCAUCCAGGCCAGCCGGAUCCGACGCUCGCCAACGCCCAGUGAGAACAAUCCCUCCUUGGGUUGCCAUCCGUGAUGACCGGAAUAUCCCCAUCCCCGAAGAGCAGCUCCGGUUGCUAAAUCCUCCUCAGCCUUCUGCCGUACCACAGCGCAAUGGCAUCCCCCAGCCGCCCCAACGGCGGCUUUCCAAAGAUGGAUACGCUUGGGAAGAAGACCCUAAGCUGGGCUCUCCCCAAGACCAGCACGGCCGGAUACCGCACUUGUUCAAGUACGGACGAGCCUCAGCACGAGGAAGAAAGUGGGAUCACCUUCGAUCUGCCGAGCCCGUCAUAGUAUCCGCGCAACAACCGGCGUACGGACAGCCGUCGACUUCGUGGGCAGAAUUCAUACGAUCAUCGGCAUGGGGGCGCCCGCAAGAGAGCCAUAUAGUCGACAUUGAGGCCCUCAACCAUCUGCAGCCGGGCUACGCCAGGCCCCUCGACGAGAUGCUUUUGCACCUACCGGACAACAAGCACGACCGGCGGGACAAAUCCGCACUCUCCAAACGCUUGUGGAACCGCUUUAUGCGCAGUUCUCUCUCCCCAUUGCUCUUCCGACUGACUGUUAUAGUCAUGUCUGUGAUAGCCCUAGGAAUUGCCGCAAGGAUGUUUGAUCUCGAAGACAAGGCGCUAGGCGAGAGCGCUGAGCGGACACAGUCCAUCUUUGCCAUUGCAGUGGACUCGGUGGCCAUUCCCUUCAACGGGUACAUGAUAUAUGAUGAGUACACGGGGAAGCCACUUGGUCUGCGCUCGGCCCGCUCGAAAAUGUCUCUUAUCCUGCUGGAUCUGUUCUUUAUCAUAUUCAAAUCGGCAGGCACCGCUCUCGCCUUUGAGCAUGUCGUCUAUCACACCUUUGGCGACCACAUCGUUCGGGGCCUGGCCAAGGGUCUCGCGACGUUUAUGCUUCUCGGCCUUCUCGCAUGGACCGCCAAUCUCUGCGUCAACAUCUUCCGGGUGGUAGAGCGGUUGGGCGGUGGUGAUGACGAGCGCAUGUGACCGAACCAAGCGCGGGAAAAGCGCAAACAGCGUGAUUUAAUUGUUAAUUUCUAAUUCUUUGAGCGUUUGUCAAGUCAGGGAUCCAUACGGCGUCAAUCGGUGGUCUUACGAGGCAUUACGAAAUGAAUGAAGCUUAUGAAUGGUUCCAGCCGUCUGAUUCAAGACGAUUCUGUAUAUACCCUCAGCCAGUACUAUAUCUCUCUAUAUCAAUAUACAAUGUACAUAACAAAC